GACAGUUUCGACCAGCCGGGUCCAGACUCCUCUUUUUCGCACUCGCCUGUGCCAGAGUGUGGCCAUGAGACCAUUGUGCAUGGUUUAGUUCAAUUUCCGAGGGCCCGGUUGGGCCAGAAAAGGCACGAAAAGUUCAGUGCAUCAAGCAGUCCACCGGACGUGGGCACGAGAGUGGGACCGCUGCCGGGCUUGCAUGUUCCUCUUCGGAUAUACAAGCCGAUAUGAGCACGUAAACAGAUCCACAACUGGUCCAACCAUGUCUAAGUACUCCAAGUUCUGGCCCAAGGGUGGCCUCCCUGGCAUCUUGCAUCACUACACAGAGACCCUCGUGACAUUCGAAUACACAUCCAGCGCUGCCGCACGCAAACCACACAGCCUCCUCUUCAUCGGUGGUCUGGGCGACGGCCUCGCUACAACAUCCUACACAGCCGAUCUGGUGCGCUCCCUCGCGCCCACAGAAUGGUCCCUCUUCACCAUCAACCUCACCUCAGCCGGUCAGGCAUGGGGCGUGGGCCACCUGGACCGUGACACCGACGAGAUCGCGCAGUGCGUGCGCUACAUCAAGGAAUACAAGGCCGCGAAGUAUGGCACCGGGGACAAGGAGGCCAAGGUCGUCUUGAUGGGUCAUUCUACCGGCAGCCAGUGCGUGCUGCACUAUCUGUACCGGCCCAACCCUCACACCGGCACUGCUCCCUCGUUCGAUCCGUACCUCGAGCACGUCGAACGGCCUGCCGUUGACGGUGCGAUCAUGCAGGCGCCCGUGUCAGACCGUGAGGCCAUCCAUUGGGUCCUGAAGCACGGUAUUGGUGACAGGUCCCCUGAAAGCUGCCGGGAGGCAUACGAGGCCAUGGAGGCUCUGGCGAGGGAGGCAGCACUGAAGCGUGAGCUGGACGGUGCCAUGCUGCCGCUCUCGCUGACGGAUAGGAUAUACCCUGCCAACACACCAAUCAGCUGCCGCAGGUUCCUUAGUCUCGUCAGCCCGGACAGUCCAGACUCGCCUGGCGAGGACGACCUCUUCAGCUCAGAUCUUGGCGAGGAGCAGCUUAGCAAGACGUUUGGGGCUGUUCACAAGGGUGGCCUGCUGAGGCAUAAACUCAUGGUGCUGCACUCUGGGGCAGACCAGUCUGUGCCGGACCAUAUUGACAAGCAGAAACUUCUGGACAAAUGGGGUGACGUGGCAGACCGCAAUGGUGAGUGUCAGGUCUGGGAUAGAGAGCAUAGCGGGGUGAUACCCAAUGCGUCUCAUGCCUUGAGCAACGAUGACCAGGCGGAGCCACGGCAGUGGCUUUGCAAGAGGGUGAUGAGCUACUUGGAUACGUCUGUGAAAGUCUAGAGAUAGUGGCACAUGAAAUGAAUAAUGUUUACCAAGA